AUGAGCCAGAACGGCGGUGGCGGUGGUGCUCUGCUCUCCCGCGCUAAGCAGUGCCCGUACAUGAGCCAGUGCAUCGCCGAGUCAGAUCGAUCAGACAUGGUAGCACCGUCUGACGUGAAAGUGGGAGGUGCUUCGGGCUCUGAAAAGAUGUCACCACAUUCUCUGCCCAAGCCGCUCUUGGAGCGCACCGGUGGCGUCUGCCCUGUGUCGCAGAAGCGCACGUAUGCUACACAAAGCAGCAUGGCCAAGGCAUCGAUAGCCCCGAUGAAUGCAAUGAAUGCUCCAUCGCACGUCGCUCACACCAAGUAUUCGUCGGCGCCCGUGCAGAAACGCACGCCAGGCUCGGGCAUGGGACCGCUGCCUGAGCCAGCACCAUCGAAGGGGCCAGGCUUCGAUUUCGAACGCUUCUACUACGAGGAGUUGAAGCAGAAGCACGAUGGAAACACGUAUCGAUACUUCAACAAUGUGAAUCGACUCGCGCAAAAGGCGCCGAUGGGACAUCUGACGGAGAGCGAAGCACACGAAAUCACUGUGUGGUGUUCUAACGAUUACCAAAACAUGUCUCGACACCCGCGCGUCCUUGCUGCGAUGGCCGAGACCCUAAGCAAGUAUGGUGCAGGCGCAGGGGGAACACGCAACAUUGCGGGCCACAACAUGCAUGUGGAACGAGCUGAGGAGGUAUUGGCUCGUCUGCACCGCAAGGACGCCGCGCUCGUAUUUGGCUCGUGUUACGCCGCGAACGAUGCGACACUCACGGUUCUAGGCUCAAAGUUGCCUGACUGUGUGAUUCUGAGCGACGCAAGUAACCAUGCGUCGAUGAUCCAAGGCAUCAAACACAGUGGUGCGAGGAAAAUGAUUUACAAGCACAACGACAUGGCCGACCUUGAAGCGAAGCUGAAGAGCUUGCCGGUGUCGACGCCAAAAAUCAUUGCUUUUGAAUCCGUGUACAGCAUGUGUGGCACGGUCGGCCCAAUCGAAGAGACUAUUGCCCUUGCGAAGAAGUAUGGUGCGAUAACGUUUUUGGAUGAAGUGCAUGCUGUCGGCAUGUAUGGUCCACAUGGCGCUGGUGUUGCUGAGCACUUGGACUGGAUGCUGAAUGCCACGAUGCCGCCAGGUCGGCUUCGUGGUACCGUCAUGGACAACAUUGACAUCAUCACUGGCACCUUGGGCAAGGCGUAUGGCAAUGUGGGUGGCUAUAUUGCUGGCUCCCAUCGCAUGGUGGACCUGAUUCGUUCUUAUGCACCGCAGUUUAUCUUUAGCACGACACUGCCUCCGUCUGUGCUCGUCGGUGCCGCGACGGCUGUCGAGGUGCUGAUGGAGUCGAACCACACUCGGCAGUUGCAGCAAAUUCGCACUCGCGAGCUGAAGAAUGCUUUACUAGAUGCAGGCAUUCCUUUGCAAAGCAACCCAUCGCACAUUGUGCCUGUGCUCGUUGGCUCAGCCGAAAAGGCCAAGCAAGCAUCAGACCUUCUGCUGAACCAGCACGGCUGCUAUGUACAGCCUAUUAACUAUCCCACGGUCGCCACGGGUCUUGAGCGCUUGCGUAUCACUCCGACGCCUCAGCACACAUCGCAUCACGUGCGUCAGCUCGUGCAGGCUCUGCAGCAGGUGUGGGACCAGUUGGGUCUCCGUUCUGUGCAGGACCUGCUUGCUGCACCCCGCGACGGCUCUGAUCCGCUUGCUGACCUCUUCCGUCGCUCGCAGUUUGAGGAUGAUACGUCGCCGCUAUGGAGCGAUGCGAUGCUGGCUCUCCCAAGUGAAAUGAUCAUUGGCAGUUCCUCGGCGGCUUUCCGCUGCGGCUGCAACUCGGCGCAGGUGCCAACGGCUACACCCUCGUUGCUCUCGUAA